AUGUCCGUUGAAGCCCGACCACAAAGAACCGGCCCGACUUCUGGCUAUAUCGUGGUGGCGGAAUCCCGAAAUACGGUUUAUGAGAAGAUCCAUGAGCAGGAUGAGAAUCGACUGAGAAGUCGAUUCGAAUGUGGCUUGAUAAAGAUGAGAGCGACGAUGGGAGGGUCUGAGGAGCUCGAGGGCAUGGGACAAAGCGUGGCAAGCUACACAUCCUCGUACGGUGCCUCGGAGGGAUCAGACUCAGUGCCUCUGGUAACGAUCUUUGUACCUUGGUUGCCAGUCCAGGAUCGUAUCGAGUCAUGGCUUGAGGGUCUGAGGAAGGGCAUGACACGGCCUCGAACCCCUCGACCUUGUCCAGAGGAGGCUCUCUACCUCGUACCUGACAGUUGUUUGUGGAUGUUGUCGCCUCCGCAAACCUCAUCCGAGGAGGAAAGCCUUCGGACCUUGUCAUCGGACACCCAUGAUGAAGUCGGCGUAAAAAACGGAGACAAGUCAAAUACCCGUUUCAACGCUGGAGGCGAGCUGGACAAUGUACAAACUCCUCCGAUGUUGUCCCGGUCCCAAAGUACAACGGACCAAUCGCCUUUCAUCGAUACCGAUGUGUCAUUGUCACCCCAGAAGCACAAAACAAGGCCUACGACACACAUCGUCAAUGACUUGGACUCUCCGGAUCCACAUCAACGGAUCAACUCUGCUGCAGGUGGCAAAUACGCCUGGAUGCUUCGAGCACCGACCGCUAGGAAGAUCAGAGGAAGAGGGCGUCAUGCAUGA